AUGGUCGAGAAAGGAAGGUGCCGGCAGGUCACCCACCGCCCAGCCUCCACGCGCGGCUACGCUUCGCCUCCAGCGCUUCCUACUGCCCCGAACCUCCCGCCAUCUUGGGCGCCUCUACGCAGCUUGGGGAGGCGGUUGCCCGAGCCAGGAGGAAGAACGAAGGGAUUAGUCCUCUUUUCUCUUUCAGGUGGAAAUAAGGAUAACAUCAGAGCAGGAUGCAAGAAGUGUGGAUAUCCUGGUCAUCUGACAUUCGAAUGUCGAAACUUCCUCCGAGUAGAUCCUCAAAGAGAUAUUGUUUUAGAUGUCAGCAGCACUAGCAGUGAAGACAGCGAGGAAGAAGAACUACAGAGAUUGCAAGCCAUGCGUGAAAAAAAGAAUUUAAAUGAGGAGGAAGAAAAGAAGAAACAAAAAAGAAAAAGCAAAGAAAAAACAAAAUUAAAGAGACCAAGGAAAAGAUCUUCCUCAUCAAGUGCGUCUGAAGAGGAUGGGCAAAAGUCAAAAAAACAAAAGUCACACAAAAAAGAAAGGGAAAAGGAAAAAAAGAGUAAAUCUAAGAAAGGAAAACACCGUAAAAAGGAGAAAAAGAAGAGACGAAAGGAAAAAAGUUCAUCUUCUGACAGUUCAGACAGUUCUAGUAGUGACUGAGGUGCUGGCCUAUUUUUGCGUUCACUUCUGCAGAGAAUAUGAUUUUCUUUUCAAAUCAAAUUUAUUUAUGCUUUGCAAUGCUGUUGUUUUAAAAUGAGAUAUAUAUAUUUUUAAGAAAUCUAUUUGCAAAUAUCAGUGCUUCAAAUUAUUAAAUGAACCAUUUGGUAAAAAAUCUGCUCCUCUAUUUCACGUUUGUUGAUACUGAGCCAUGCAAGUUUAACUAGUUCUUCACUCUUAUUCUUAGUUCAGUUGUGAUUAGCUGUGUCUGGAGUCCCUCACACUAGGAUGUGGUAAACUUCAGUUUGCAAGUUUUUGUGUAGAAAGAUUUGGACUUGAAUAUGCUUAAUGUCACAGUGGCUAAAUCAAAUUGGAAAUUAAAGUGAGACUUUCUAUGAUGUUAUUCUUUAAAUAAUUGUAUGUUUUGCAUAACAUUUUCUACUUACAUUAAUCAGUAAGUGCAAAUACGAAAUAGAGUUUGAGUCCAGAGAAGGGAAAGAAGGAGCAAUGAGGAGCUAAAAGAGAUUGCUCCUUCAAAAUUAUCUUCUAAAAUCGAUCUCGUCACAGACUGUGAAACACCAUUACUCGUUCUUUUGGCAAGAUCACUGUGGGCAAGCUGAAAACAAACAAAAGCUAUUCAUUUAUCAAAGUCCUUUCUUUCUGCCUAGGUCUUGUUCUUUGACAUAGAUACAAAGUGCCACUUCCUAACACUAGAUGACUGUCCAGCAAGAUUGUUUCCAAAGUUCUAAGGACCAUGUUAAUACAGUAUGUGGUGAUUAAUGCCUACAUGAACCAAACCAGGAAAUUCAAAGACUGACAAUUGGCAAGAAUUGUGAAGCCUCCACUCAUUCUAAUAAAAUCCCCAUUGAAAAGUUAAAAACCAACCAACCAACCAACCAAACCUCUUGCAGAAUGUAAGCAAUCUAUCAUGUUGAAGUGGGUAGCAAAAUUUACCAUUUGAUAUCAGAAGCAAUGUUAAAUAUGUCAAAAUUUUAUAACUGGGUUCUGGGGUAUCCACUUUUGAGCAGAUUUUAAUUGUCAAAUCCUACCCCAGAAAUGCCUGAACCUCAAAGUGCCUACAUUUGCAGCUUGUUGACAAUGUUGUUCUUGCCUGUGGUUUCGGGGCUUUUUUUGUGCUGAGACACAGACCUGCUUCCCCCUCAGCAGCUUGGCCUACAGCUGCAGUGUAAGUCUUAGGGGAGUCAAAGUAUGAGGAAAAACACCACCUAAGCUUUCUUAACAAUAGUAUCCAUUGACUGUGUUUUCUACAGUGGGUUAGGUCAUUGAGUCAAUACAAAAUGUUUUACAGUAUUUUAAUGGUUGCUGCAUUUGUCCUGAAAGUGAGAUAUCUAGAUCUAACUCUUGCUUUCAAACUUUUAUGUCUCAGACCAGUACUCUUAUCGCUGGGCAACUUGUGCUGUAGAUGCUAUCCUAGGGAACAUUAAAGAUCAAAAUACUCACGGAAGCCACAGAACAAAGAGAAAUAAUCUGUAACCUUCUAUGUAGGCCUUUCAGUAGAGGAUGGCAAGAGUCCUUGCAUCUGCUCUUUUUCUUACUGGCUUUGGCCCAAUCUAAUUUUUCAUAUCAUAUAUUGUGAUUUCUGGGAUGUGCUUGGAUGAUAUAACUGAAGAGAGACUGGUCUCUUCAAUUAGCUGAUGCCUGUGCAAAGUAUGAAGAACAUUUCUUUUGUAAGUACUAAUUUAACAGAUUUUGCCGUGUUUAUUCUAGUCUUCUUAGUGUUGCUUUGGCUAUUAGAGCUUAUUUUUGACUGAGUUAAUUCUCUAAGCCAGUUACACUGUAGAGUGCAAUGGGGGGACUUGUGGGAUACUAAGCCAGUACUGUUGCCAAAGGAAAUAUUUAAUCAAGCCACAGCUUAAGACACAACUCAUUGUGAAUUUCUUUUUCCCCUAAAAUGUUCCUUACUUAAUGAGGAUGGAAGGAUUAUUGGGGUUAGGGGAAUUCAGAACAUGUAUGUAAUUUUCCCAUGACUUUCCAAUGGUCUCCUGAUGAUGCCAACUCUGAGGAAUGGGUUAUUUGUUUCUUGAUCUUUUAAAGCUUCAUCUGAAAGCAUGGAACUGAAGGGAAAUUUACUGACCUUUCUAUACCAGAAUGGCCAAAGAGUUUAUUAAAUAACCCUUAUUAGAGUUAAUAUGUCUCUGGGUGUAAGUAUAAUUUAUACAUCAAAUUCUAUUUAGUGACAAAUUAGAGAAUGGAUAGAGGCUUAAAGUUCAGAAAAAGCAACUGGUAUGUAUUUUAGUAGUGCUCCUUAUACUUUUGCGUGCUUUCAAAUAGCCUUUUUAGAUUCUAGCUCUAAUUGCUGAAAUCAAAAGAUUGCCUAUCUAAAUGAUAGUACAAUUAAUUACCUUCCAUGUAGCAUUACAGCAGCUAUUUGUAGUAGUUGCAAUGGUAAUUUGUGCAAAAGUGUAAGGCAUGAAUUUCAGUGUUCAUGUUUUGGCACUUGUUACUGGUGUAUGUAGAUUUUUAUAUUGGAAAAAGGCUUUUCUAACUAGAACAAUUUAAAUACCUUUAUUGUCUCAAUUCAUGCAUUUAUGUAAUAGAGAAUAUAAUGUAUCGGCUUAUUUUUCAGGCCACGCUCCCAUUUUUUUUUACAAAGAUGUGCAUUAAAGUCAAUAGAUUUUGCCACAGAGAUGCUCAGGAUUGCAGGUAUAUUAACUGAUACAUUGAGGAGAUGCUGCAAUGAACAGUUCUCUGUCAAGUUAAUAUUUGCUAAUCUUUAAAAGUGAUAUAAAAAUAAAUAUGAUUGUUUUUCUUAUUUGA